CCCAAGCAGUGUGAAGAAGAAGAGGCGAGAACGACCCCCGGACCGAUCAAAGCUCGCGUGUUGCUGCAUCCCUGCGUACAGCGCCUACGUCCCGCCGCCAUUGCCACCAUGCCCAAGAGAAAGUCUGAAGGGGGUGCUAAAGGAGAUAAAGCCAAGGCAAAGGACAAACCUCAGAGAAGAUCCGCAAGGUUGUCUGCUAAACCUGCUCCUCCAAAGCCAGAGCCCAAGCCUAAAAAGGCCCCUGCAAAGAAGGGAGAGAAGGUGCCCAAAGGGAAAAAGGGAAAAGCUGACGCUGGCAAGGAGGGGAAUAACCCUGCAGAAAACGGAGAUGCCAAAACAGACUGGGCACAGAAAGCUGAAGGUGCUGGAGAUGCCAAGUGAAGUGUGUGCAUUUUUGAUAACUGUGUACUUCUGGUGACUGUACAGUUUGAAAUACUAUUUUUUAUCAAGUUUUAUAAAAAUGCAGAAUUUUGUUUUACUUUUUUUUUUUUUUUAAGGUAUGUUGUUAGCACACAGAACACUUCAUUGUUUUUUGGGGAAGGGGCAUAUGUCACUAAUAGAAUGUCUCCAAAGCUAGAUUGAUAUGAGGGAAAAUGUUUUUUCCCUCUAGUUUUGAGAGACUUCUUGGCUCCCAAGAAAAGGGAUUCCCUGAUGUUGACACACAGCUACCUUGGCACAAAUGCCUUGUGGUAUGGAAAAACUAAUUUGUUUUUAUGUUCUAUU